ACUCCACACAAGAAGGCACAAGAAUCGAACCCUGCACUUCUGCGCUGUGAGACGGACGCACUUAUCAGUCGAACACCGUGCCACCCAAGAUAAGUACUGCACAUUCAUUAAAAAAAAAAAAAAAAAAAACAAGUUAAAAGUUCCCCUGCUGAUAAUGAAUCGCACAAAGACUUCACUCUUAAUGAAUUGGGAAUGAAGGAGUGACCUCUUAAAACUCAUGACCACUUGAUUUCUGACUAAAAAUAGCCUUUGGAUGGCAAAUGAAAUGACACAGAGGCCUUCUUAAUCUAAUAAACGGAUGUCAUGAUGAGGGCUGAUAGUAGUUCUACAGAUCAUCAAUAAGGAAGCAGAACUUUUUUUUUGGACACACUUGUAAACUUGUAUGCAUGCAAACAAAGAUAAAAAUAGCAAAUGGCCUGUAGCUGAGGGAGAAGCGUGAAGCGUCUUGACAUCACAGUCAUAUGCCACUCUGGCUCUGCCUUCUUUGAUUAUGCGGAGCCAAACAAUGUCAAACGAUGAAGCUGUGAGGAUAUGAAUUUGUUUUCUGAAAACUUGCCAUUAUAGUAUUUCAGAUACCAUUGUGCAAACAUCUACAACCUGCAAAUUGGAUUAAAGAGGAGGACGUCAAUUUUUCAUAUUUGACCAUGGAUACUAGACUUACUAGGACCACUCUUGACCUUCAGACCCCAAACAGAAUACACGAUGUAUGGAAAACCAAAAUACAUGUCUUCAUUCAGAAUGCUUCACCACGAGCUAAAAUCGACAGGAAGACUGCAAGUGACUCGAGGUCAGUUGAAACGUCUCUUGAGGUGCUUCUUUCCGAAAAAGUUGGACAGUCAGCCUUUCGCGACUUUCUAAAGUCUGAAUUCUGUGAGGAAAACCUGGACUUUUGGCUUGCCUGUCAAGAGUUUAAAACCUUGGACCGACUGGAUGAGCGUCAAGAAAGAGCAUCACACAUUUAUGAAGAAUUCAUUGGCUCUGACUCUCCUUCGCAGGUCAACUUAGAUUUCUACACUAAAGAUGCUAUCAGGCAAAAUCUCCAACAGCCGGCGCCAUCCUGUUUUGUUGUGGCACAAAAGAACAUCUACAGUCUAAUGGAGAAUGGAGCCUUCCCUCGCUUCGUUCAGUCUGAAUACUGUAAAGGUCUGUCUAAGUGCACUUCCAAGCGACGGGCCAACAGAGAAGCUUUGAGGAGGAAGAGCUCUUGAAGCAUCAAGGAUGAAUCUAUGCUAAUCAGCCUUAUAAAAAGGCAGCAUUGUAUGCGAAGCAAUGGAGCGCUACGUGUUUUAAUGCAAUGGGACAGAGCUUUCCAUGGAACUGACGUAUCACACUACUUAAAUAAGUUUGUAUGAAAGCGACAUAAUCAUUGCACGCCAUCCAUUCAUCUAUUUUCUACACUGUUUAGCCUCAUUUGGGUUGCAGGUCUAUCCCGGCUGACUUGGCUGUGUACAACCUGAACUGGUUGCCAAUUACUCACAGGGCACACAUAGGCAAAACAACCAUUCACAACAAAAGAACAAUUUGAAUCUUCAAUAAAAAACACUGAUAACAAGGAUUUUGUUCCACAAGAACCGUUGACAGUUCGUUUGAUGUGCAUUAGGAGUUACCAAAUUUGUGCCUUUCAGAAACGUGGAGAUACUGUCAAUAACCAAACUUUGACCUUAAUAUACUGUACAACUCUUGUUUUGUGUGAUCUAAAAUACACAAUCUAAAAUAUCCUUUCAAUUUUGUU